AUGAAUCCCUUUCGUGUUGCAACAGCAACUUUUCUUGUUCUCACGUUGAACAUCGAAUGCCAAGGGAGUUUCAAAUGUUUACAUGACACCAGGACCAAACUAGUCCAAAUUUCUCGAACCGUUAUUCAGCCACUUAGGGGCGGUGGUGAGAAAGUGGAGGAAGCAAACCAAGCACUUUUGAACGAGUACCAGGAACGACGACAGGAACUGAAGAAAAUAUCUGAAAGACUUUCAGUGAUGUCAGAAGACAGAGAUACCCAUGCACAAACUGCAGAAAUUCUGGCUCAGUAUGAUGGUAACCGUUCAUGCUAUCGCUCCAUCGGAGGGGUUCUUAUGCAGUCGAACGUUAGCACGAUAUUAUCCGCAAUUAAGAGUGAGGAGCAGUUGCUAGACAAAGCGACACGGGAUCUCGAACAAGCAUUCAGUGAGAAGACAACAGAAUUUAGAAAUUUUGAAGAGCAGCAUGAUAUCAAGGUCGUGCGACGAUGA